AAAAAAAAGAGUGACAAUUCUUAUGGAUUCAGGCAGCAAAAAUAUUAGAAGUAAUCGGCAGGCCACUAGUUGAUGAGAUUCAUCAAGAGUUUAGCUCUUGGAUUUACCAGGUUAUUAGGCUUUACAAAAACAAAGACCAUGCUGAAGUUGAAUACACUGUUGGUCCAAUUCUAACUGAUAAUGGAGUUGAAAAAGAGGUGAUCACUCAAAUAACAGCAAAUAUGGCUACAAACAAGGAGUUCUAUACUGAUUCUAAUGGAAGACAUUUUUUGAAAAGGGCAGGUUCGUGAUCACAGGAAAGAUUGGCCCCUUCAAGUUACUCAACCUGUGGCAGGAAACUAUUUUCCCAUAGAAUUCCUUCACUCUCUUAGUUUUUUUUUUAUAGUUUUUGAGCUUCUAUGAUCUCAUGGUUAAGUUUGUUAACAAAGCUAAACUUUUUUUUAUAGCUUAAUCUUGGAAUUUAUAUUAAGGAUUAGAAAUCUGAACUCUCUGUCUUAGUUGAUCAUGCCACGGGUGGAGCGAGCAUUAGAGAUGGAGAGAUGGAACUAAUGCUUCACAGCAAACUUGUAAGACGGAGAUCAUGGCAAGUGGCAUACAUGCAUGGAAAUGGUGCUCAUGAACUGAAGCCUUAACUUAUCUUCUCUGAUUUCUCCGUUAGAAACUAACAAAGCCUCAAAUUAAAGAUGGAACAAGCGCCACAGAGAUAUGCAGUUGUGACGGGAGCAAAUAAAGGAAUUGGAAUAGAAAUAGUAAGGCAAUUAGCUUCAAAUGGAGUGAAGGUUGUGUUGACUUCAAGAGAUGAGAAGAGAGGCCUUCAUGCAUUGGAAACUCUCAAAGAUGUCUCUCCUCUUGUGCUCUUUCACCACCUUGAUGUUGCUGAUCCUGCUACUAUGGAUUCUCUUGCAAAUUUCAUCAAAUCCAAAUUUGGAAAACUCCACAUUUUGAUCAACAAUGCAGGGAUUGGUGGACUUGUGAUUAAGGACAAUGAUUUGGUCCCUCAAGUGUUAUUCAAAAGCAGGGAAUUAUCAGAUGAUGUAAUAGAGAAAGCCGGAAUUGUUCAAACAUUCGAGCUAGUUGAAGAAUGCUUGCAAAUAAAUUAUUACGGUGCUAAAAGAACAUCUGAAGCCCUUCUCCCUCUUCUCCAAUUAUCUGAAUCACCAAGAAUUGUGAAUGUAUCAUCCUCCCUAGAAAAGUUAAAGCGUGUAUCAAAUGAAUGGGCUAAAGGAAUCUUGGGUGAUGCUGAAAACCUUACAGAAGAGAGAGUUGAUGAAGUGUUGAAUGAAUUUCUGAAAGAUAUCAAAGAAGGGUGUUUAGAAAGAAAAAGAUGGCCUAAGGUUCUUGGUGCCUAUAUUAUCUCAAAAGCUGCUAUGAAUGCAUAUACAAGAAUUGUUGCUAAAAAGUACCCUACUAUAUGCAUCAAUAGUGUGUGCCCUGGUUAUGUUAAAACUGAUAUAACUGCCAAUACUGGGAUUUUAGCGGCAGAAGAAGGUGCUGCUAGUCCUGUCAAAAUAGCAUUGCUUUCAAAUGCUUCUUCUGGCCUUUUCUAUUCUCAGAAUGAGGUUUCUUCAUUCUAAUCCAAUUGAGUUGGGUUAUGUAUGCAUUCUCAUUUUCUUGUACCAUUUAAUAUGGGGUAUGACAUCCAA